AUGGAUGAUCUCGAAUCCUUGGAACUAUUCUCGCUGGUCUCGCGAGUGACCACCGAACUCCAGAACCAUCUCGGAAUCAAUGACAAAACACUAGCCGAAUUCAUUAUCGACCAGCACCUCAAAUGCAAGUCGUUUGCGGAUUUUAAGAAUGAACUCGACGCACUCGGGGCGGAGUUUCCGCCUAGUUUGAUUGAGAGUAUUGAUCGGCUGGUUGUGACGAUGCAUCCCAAGUACAAGUCGAAGAAAGGAAUGGAUUCGGGCAACCGUGAAGUUGACAAUGAUAUGGAGGCGUUAAAUGCUAUGGAGAAAAAAGCGCGGAUUUUCAAGGGAUUGGCGAUUCCGGAUAAAGUUCAGACUUGGGAUGACGAGGAGCCGACGACUGCUGCAAAAAAUGGCACUGUUACGGAGAACGAUGCGCGCGCAGGUGCUAUGGAUGAUACGUUUGCGAUGUUGGAAGGUCUUGCUGGGAAGUCGAGGGAAGACCGUCAUGAGUCGUCGCAAGCUACUAAGCCAAGCAGGAAACGCAGCAGAAGUCCGGAUUACGGAGAUUACGAUUCUACCACGUAUCGACGAAAUAGAGAUAGACGUAAGUCGACCUCUCGAUCACGCAGCCCUGAACCGCGCGAGAGACACAGAAAAGAUACGGAUGAUAGGGAGCGAUAUGACAGAAAGGAGAGACGGAACGGAUACAAAAACGGAUAUGAACGCCGAUCGAGGCGAGAUCAAGAUGAUGACUAUUUCCGUCGACCCCCAACCCCUGAAAUAGACGAUCAACCUGUUCUUCAUAAGAUUUAUGAUGGUCGCGUCACAGGCAUCAAAGACUUUGGAGCAUUCGUGAAUCUACAAGGUGUCAGAGGAAAAGUGGAUGGACUCGUGCAUGUUUCGGCAAUGCAAGAAGGUGCCCGUGUCAACCAUCCUUCUGACCUUGUGUCCAGGGGUCAACCAGUUAAGGUCAAGGUUAUUAGCAUACAGGGUACGAGGAUUGGACUUUCAAUGAAAGAAGUCGACCAGGUUACCGGACGGGACCUGAUUCCUGAAAAGCGGCUUGCUUCAGGGGCCAAUAUGGAGAGAUUGUCUGGCUCUGAUGGCAAGGAUCGCUAUGGAAACCUCAGUUCUGACGUCCCAGUCAUCGAAGGAGAUUACGACAGAAAACAGUUUAGGAACAAGAAGAGACUGACCUCUCCGGAACGAUGGGAGAUCAAGCAGCUCAUUGCCUCGGGAGCUGUAUCGGCAGCAGACUACCCCGAUAUUGACGAGGAAUAUCACGCUACUUUGGCCGGUGAAGGCGAGUUUGAGGAGGAAGAAGAUAUCGAUAUCGAGGUUCGUGACGAGGAACCGCCUUUCCUUGCUGGUCAGACGAAACAGUCAUUGGAACUCUCACCCAUUAGGGUUGUUAAGGCACCCGAUGGAUCCUUGAAUCGCGCAGCCAUGGCCGGUACAAACCUGGCCAAAGAACGUCGAGAACUACGACAACAAGAAGCAGCUGAAAAAGCAGCAGAGCAAGCAGCUGAUAUCGAUCUCAAUGCACAAUGGGAGGAUCCUAUGGCUGAUCCAGAACAAAGAAGAUUCGCAGCUGAUCUCCGCAAGGCGCCCGAUGUCAAAUCUGAUGCCGCUGUCCCCGAAUGGAAGGCGGUCACCCAGGGCAAAAACGUCUCCAUGGGCAAAAGGACAAACCUCAGCAUCAAAGAGCAACGAGAGAGCCUGCCUGUCUUCCAAUUUAGACAGCAACUACUCGAUGCUGUGCGAGAUAACCAGUUCUUGAUUGUUGUGGGCGAGACUGGGUCUGGAAAGACGACUCAAAUGACGCAGUAUCUUGCGGAGGCUGGUUAUGCGAAUAAUGGUAUCAUAGGAUGCACACAACCACGUCGUGUAGCUGCAAUGUCUGUUGCAAAACGUGUUGCAGAAGAAGUUAAUUGCAAGUUAGGUGAGGAGGUUGGGUAUACCAUACGUUUCGAAGAUUGCACAAGCCCCAAAACGAGGAUCAAAUACAUGACGGACGGAAUGUUAGAGAGAGAGAUUCUGGUUGACCCAGAUCUCAAGCGAUAUAGCGUUUGUAUUUUGGAUGAGGCUCACGAGAGAACGAUCUCAACAGAUAUCCUUUUUGGCCUGUUGAAGAAGACUGUGAAACGGCGUCCGGACUUGAAGGUCAUCGUGACUUCUGCCACGCUUGAUGCAGACAAGUUUUCGGAGUACUUUUUCGGAUGUCCCAUAUUUUCGAUCCCGGGUCGUACUUACCCGGUCGAGAUUUUGUAUAGUCGAGAGCCGGAAAGCGACUAUCUGGAUGCUGCUCUCGUUUCAGUCAUGCAGAUCCAUCUUACGGAACCCCCUGGUGAUAUUCUGCUCUUUUUGACAGGACAGGAAGAAAUCGACACAAGUUGCGAGAUCCUGUAUGAGCGAAUGAAAGCCCUAGGUCCUAGCGUUCCUGAACUUGUUAUCCUACCCGUCUAUUCGGCUUUGCCCAGUGAAAUGCAAAGUAGAAUCUUCGAGCCGGCGCCUCCGGGUGGGCGGAAAGUGGUUAUUGCUACGAAUAUUGCGGAAACCUCUAUUACGAUUGAUGGUAUUUAUUAUGUCAUUGAUCCUGGAUUCGUCAAAGAGAGUGUCUAUGAUCCAUCAAAGGGAAUGGAUGCAUUAGUUGUGACGCCUAUUUCUCAAGCUCAAGCGAAGCAACGAGCUGGACGAGCUGGGAGAACAGGACCUGCCUACCAAUCAGAAAUGCUACCGACCUCUGUUCCUGAGAUUCAACGUAAAAACUUGGCACACACGAUUCUCAUGCUCAAGGCUAUGGGAAUCAACGACAUAUUGGGCUUCGAUUUCUUCUCACCGCCUUCAGUUAACACUACACUCACGGCUCUUGAGGAAUUGUACGCAUUGUCAGCUUUGGAUGAUGAAGGUCUCUUGACCCGUUUAGGCCGGAAAAUGGCAGAUUUUCCUAUGGAGCCUAGUUUGGCAAAAGUCCUUCUUGCCUCUGUUGAUAUGGGAUGUUCUGAAGAGAUAUUGACUAUUGUUGCGAUGCUUUCGGUUACAUCGGUUUUUUACAGACCUAAGGAGAAACAGCAGCAAGCGGACCAAAAGAAGGCCAAGUUCCAUGAUCCCCACGGUGAUCAUCUCACAUUGUUGAAUGUCUACAAUGCUUGGAAGCAAUCCAAUUUCAAUAAUGCAUGGUGCUUUGAGAACUUCAUACAGGCUCGGCAAAUGCGUCGUGCGCAAGAUGUUAGAAAGCAGCUUGUGGGCAUCAUGGAACGAUAUCGUCAUAAAAUCGUUUCUUGCGGUAGGGAUACCACCAAAGUACGCUUGGCCUUGUGCACAGGAUUCUUUCGAAACGCAGCCCGCAAAGACCCUCAGGAAGGUUACAAAACUCUUAUUGAGGGUACACCUGUGUAUCUUCAUCCGAAUUCGGCAUUGUUCGGUAAACCAGCCGAGCACGUUAUCUACAAUGAGUUGGUUCUUACGACUCGAGAAUACAUGACGACAGUCACAGCCAUAGAGCCGAAAUGGCUCGUGGAAGCAGCACCGACAUUCUUCAAAGUGGCACCGACAGAUCGUCUCUCGAAACGGAAGAAAGCUGAGCGAAUUCAGCCUUUACACAACAAAUUUGCUGGUCAAGACGACUGGCGACUCUCUGCACAACGGAGACAGGGUCGUGGUGGAGGUGGAGGUACUUGGGGUUAG